UUUAAGGCUAUUGGUUUACUGGCGUAUGUGUCUGUCGCACAAUGCCAGAGGUACCUUGGAGGAGGUGGAGGAGGUGGCGACGGUAGUGACGGCUCCAACUUAAUAUCAUAUAGACCUCAAGAACCACAACAAGAUUACAACCAGUACGCCAACACUCCGCCGCCACCGCAAAUAUUAUCCCACAAGCAAGCCUUAAACCACGAUGGGCAGUUCAAGUAUCUGUUUAACACCGAAAAUGGACUGGCGCAAGGGGAAAGUAUUUCGCCGGACGGCACAAGAAACGGAGGCUACAGUUAUACAGAUCCCACUGGAAGAAAAAUCACGGUUAAAUAUACAGCCGGAAAAGAAGGUUUUAGAAUCCUAGAAGCUGACCACUUACCGAAAGCACCACAACCAGUGGCUCCGCUACCGGUACCUCAGCACCAAACUCAGGCGUCUUACGCCGGACCGCAAUCAUUCCAGCGUCAAGACGACGACGGACAGUACAAACCCGCUUUGUACGAACGUCCGUCACCACAAGCGCUGCAAACCGUCCCCAGAUACCUGCAAGCCGUCCAUGGGGGCCAGCCGCAACCUAGAGCGGCUUACCCUCAACCGAUUGCGGCCAGACCGGAACCUACCUCAAACUCGCUAAAUGAGAGAGAACCGGAUUAUAACGAUGCCCCUGGCAAACCGUACAGUUUCGGUACGGGGUAUAUUUUUGAAUUCUCGGGAUAGAAAUUGAAUUAGUCUAGCCGUUAUCAAAUUUAGUGUUUUAGUCUUAGUUAGCGAGUGUACACAUACGUAUGGCUAUUUUAUGUUCCUUCUGUUUCUGUCUUUUCUUUACUGUUGUUGUUCUUAUUGUGUCGCAAUUGUCUUUCACUGUUAGUUUUAGACUAGAAUCGAUCGACUGAAGUUUGGCUUUGUGAUAAAUUUAACUGAACUUGUUCAUGACUUGAAUAUUUUAAAACUAGCAUUCUUGUAGUUUUGAUCAUUUCCAGAAAACGUGGCUUUUAAUAAAAACCAUGAUAACUAUCAUGAUUAUUAAUUAAAACAAUGUUUACUAAAUAUUCUUUCAAUCUUCACAUUCAAUAUGGAUUUUUGAGUGGAUAAUAGUCCUUAAGAGAAAUAGUAUUCAUAAUUGUAGAAAAGUUUUCGGCGAAAAUGUUAUAUUAAUUUUUGUAUUUUCUUACUUAUAUAUUUAAUUUCUGUUAUGUCUCUUUAAUAAAAUGUGGAAUUUAUAUAGAA